AAAAUCUAUGGCGUUGAAAAAAGAAGAAGGAAAAACACAGAAGAGAUAGUUUUCUUUAACAAGGAAAGGCACCUAGCUAGGAGAAAAUGGAGGAGGAGCUACAUUGACAUAUCCAAACAGCCUGUUAGGCUUGACAAAAAAGAAUCUUACCUUUUCUUAGUGGCUUUGAAGGAAACGCCUCUUUCACAAUAAAACAGCCAAGUGACUAACAUCCAUUCCCCUUGUUGUUUUCAGUCCCACACCCUAUCAUCUCUCUUUCUUCUUCUCAUUGUGUACUAGUUCUGAUUCUCCACGCCUCUAUGGAAGGCGAUGAUAGUUAUGUUCCGGUGGAAGCUAAGGAUUUUUAUAAGGACUAUAGUCCUAAAAGGACUUUCUCGCCGGAGAUUGUGGAGUUGGGAGGGGAAAUCACAAGUACAAGUGCUAUCACUGCAGGCAGCAGUAGUAGAGAUAUUGCAGGUGUCAAUGAUGUUUAUGUAGCUGUUGGUAAAGAUGACACUGAUGUUCUGAAAUGGGUGCUUGAUAAUGCUGUUUCUCCUGGUUCUCGGGUUUUUCUUGUCCAUGUCUUCCCUCCAAUCACUCACAUCCCUACACCAGUUGGAAGAUUAUCAACUAGCCAUUUAAGUCAAGAUCAAGUAAGAUUUUACAUCAAUGAAGAGAACAAUAAGAGGAGGAACCUCUUGCAGAAAUAUGUCUAUUUAUGCAACAAUGCUAAGGUAACAGUAGACACAAUGCUCCUGGAGAGCAGUGACAGAGCAAAAGCAAUUGCCGAUCUCAUACCAGUUCUAAUGAUUUCUCACCUUGUCAUAGGAACCAAAAGACCACCUCAUUCAAGGUUCAAUUAUGUUGUUCACGCGAUCAGGAAGAAGAAAAAGUUAUCACUAGGAGAAUUUGUUAGGAAAAAUGCACCCGAGUAUUGUGAGGUUAGCAUCGUUCAUCAAGGCAAUAAGGUCAUGGUUGAUGAACAAAUAGCUACUUCCCAGAGGCGUCCCCAAUGCGAAAGAAGCAUCUACGAGUGGGCAUGCUUUCCAGUACGAGGAAAAAAUCCCCGGAUGUCUUAAGCAGCAGCAGCACUCACACCGCCAUAGUUACAUGAAACAAACGCUUCGAUGGAUUAUGGACAUUGAAGGACAGAGGUGAUCAAAAUUGUGAGAGAGACUAGCAACCCAUCAGCUGCUGGAUGCAGUAGUACUCGUGAUAAGUUAAUAACCUCCUCCUGUUUGGUUAUUGUACCAAGAAUUAGAGUUGAGAGAACAGAAGAUUGAAUAUGGAAGAAAACAAAAGCACAGUGUGAUCAAGUUUAGAAUUAAUCUCUCAUGUCAACCACUGAAUGAACAUCUACCAUUUCAUCAUGUAUUAUUGACUUGUUGAUAAUUGAAGCAACUUCAUUACCUCAAUCCUCAAUAGAACUGCUGCUCCAAACACACCACCCGAAUGCUUCCGCAUGCUAAGG